AUGUUCUCGUGCGUCGUCGCGGGCCGGCUGCCGCUCCCGCCACCGCAGCAGAUCGAUCCGACGCACGCCGUGUUCCAGCUGGAGAAUGCAGAGCUGAUCAACCAUCUUGUUGUGUUUAUGACAGGGGUACAGGCGUUCCCCGAGGGCUACGGCGCGACAGUGCAUCUCAUGUGGCCGCCAGAGCCUGGCAAAGAGCCGCACUGGCAGCUGCUUGGAUCCAAGCCUUCUGCGAUAUUCCGGAUCCGGGAUCCCAAGCAUGCAGGGAGCUCGGCGCCAUGCUCGGCGACGCUCGGGGUUAGUAUCGAGACCUUGCCCAGCAUCGAGCUGCAGAUGCAGGAGUUGGGGCAGUCGCAGCCCAUGUCCGGAGCUGUGGUCUUGUCCAAGACCACCGAGCAGGCACAUACGGCCGAUGCUGCACAGCUCGCGGGACCGAUUGCGCAAAACCUAUUUGCAUACCUAUCGUCGUUUGCGCCAGAUUCUGCGCCGCAGGCAGUGCCCCUAUUGCAAAAAUGGCUCGAUGCUUUCCAGCGCAAGCUGCAGGCGCAAGGCGUGCAGUUUUUACGCCGCAUUGACAAUAGCUAG